AAAGAAAAAAAUGCUAAGAAAAUUGAUAAGAAAUAAGAAAUAAAGCCCUACAAAGCCCUCACUCCUCUUCCUCUUUGAGACAACUGAGCCCUUACUCUUCUAUUAUAUCUCCAGGAAAAAAUAUUCCAAGGCCUUGCUUUAUGAAAUAAAAAAAAAGGGCAAGUAAGGAUUAGGAAUUUUCGGCGAGUUGAUGGCUGAAGUCGUCGGGCCUCGUAUUUACAGCUGCUACAACUGCAGAAACCAUGUCUGUCUUCACGACGAUAUCAUAUCCAAAGCAUUUCAGGGGAGACAUGGUCGUGCCUUUCUAUUUUCACAUGCGAUGAACAUAGUUGUCGGCCCAAAGGAAGAUAGGCAGCUCAUGACGGGACUGCACACCGUCGCCGAUAUAUAUUGCGGCGAUUGCCGCGAGGUGUUGGGAUGGAAGUAUGAAAGGGCUUACGAGGAGACCCAGAAGUACAAGGAAGGGAAGUUCAUAUUUGAGAAGUCGAAGAUCACGAAGGAGAACUGGUAGCCAAGACAAGUGUUGAAAAUUCAAUUCAGAUGAAUAUGACUUGGUGUGAUGAAAACUUCUGUGUGUUCUGAAUCCAUCUGUUGUGUUCUGAAUCCAUCUGUUCCUGUAGAUAGCAGCUUAACUGUAAGUUCUGGUCUCGACCUGUUGCACGUUCUUGCUUUCGUGUUAUUUGUAAAGGUGUACUGGUGACUGAUGAUUUCUUUGUGAAUAAGAUACAUCUUGUGGAUAUUGUUCAAUUGUCUA